AUUAGGCCAAAAUGUCUCCACUAGUCCUAGUGGGGAUAACACUCCUCACUUGCGCCCAGGCGGAUGUGAGUCACAUCGCGCAAGGCUCAGCACACCCCCAGUCCGAUCCGCAGGAAAUUAACCGCGCCCUGGACGCAGCACGCACCCCCAAAGACUUCUGGUGGAUGCAGGACGACAGCCCCCUAAAGGCCUCCUAUGACUACUUCAAGAAAUGCGCCGCUACUGGCAAAUGCGCCCAGGGCAAGCAAGCGUCGGAAUCCGAGGAUUCGGGCGCCGGUUUGGGGCCCAUCGACAUCCAGAAGAACGCCUUUCUGAGCGGGAACUUUGCUGUUUCCACGGCUUUCGCGCGUUCUGAGUCGAAGUCCAGUCCGGACCUCAGCAGCAACCCAUUUUUCCAGGGCGGCUUUGCCCAUGCAGCCCAAAGCCAGUUGGUUGAUUUGUGCAAAAAUGUUUUCCUCAAUGGGCGAAUCGGUGAGCCUGCGAUUGGUCGCGCACGCGUCAGCGCUCUCGAUCUGAGCCACAAUGUGUUUUUCAAUGGCAAAAUUGGGCAAGCUGGAUCACCGUGCUCUGGAGCGGACAGGAUUUGCGUGUCCAGACAGGAGUGUGUGGACGGUUUUGCAACCAGUCGAUCAGUGAGGAAAAACCCCGACGUCCAAUGUGCGGGACAUGAGGUUUGUUGUCGCUUGCCAUCCGGAGAAAAGAGCUCUUUGGCUGACCACAUUAACCAGUUGCUGUUCACUCCGGGCCGGUCCAAAGACACCGGCAAAGACGGCCUGACGCCCGAACAGGUGCAGAUCAUCCACUCCUCCCAAGAAGGAAUUCGCCCUCAGCUGAACUUAAUCGGCGAGUCCUCCGGGUCCUCCACUGCCAAGCCGGUGCGCGACGUCACAGCGGCAGCCAGCCAAUUCUUCGGCAGCACUCCCGACUACUCCAACGUGGAGUUCGGCGAUGAUGCCCGAUUCUCCAACCUUGAUGCUGCUGGAUACAUUCCACCUGCGCCGGCCCCCCCAACCACCACCCGUCGUCCAGAAUCCUGCCCAACUGGCCAAUAUUUGACCAGUGUGGGCCGGUGUGAGCCAAUAAGAGAACCGUGUCCUCCUGGCACAAGACCGACUCCAUCUGGAAGUUGCGAAAAACUCCGGCCUGAAUGUCCUGUGGGUCAACAGCCCGCCCCAUAUGGAGGAUGCGUGAACAUUCCCACUCCCCCACCGACCCGACCGCCAGUCGUUUGCCUGCCAGGGCAACGAGAAACGCCUUCAGGAAGAUGUGAAAAUGUCCCCACUCCGCCAGCUCCCACCACCACAGUUGCGCCCUACUGCCCAAGUGGUCAACGCAGAGGCCCCGAUGGCCAGUGUGUGGGAGUGAACCUUUGCGGGGCUGGGCAAAGGCCUAAUGGGUUCGGGGGAUGUGUGGAUAUACCCAGACCCAGCCCACCUCCGCCACCAAUUCGCCCACCUGUGCCGCUGUGUCCGUUUGGCCAAAAGCCCACCCCUGAUGGACGUUGCGGAUCAGAGCCACCACCAUCAACAGAAGCCCCCUAUUGUCCAUCUGGAUAUAGGAAAGGACCGACCGGACAGUGCAUUAAAAUUGAGGUCUGCGGAGCAGGGCAAAGGCCUAAUGGGUACGGGGGAUGUGUAGAUAUACCCAAACCAACCCCACCGCCACCUCCACCUCCAACACCAACACGCCCACCAGUGCCAGCAUGUCCAUUUGGCCAAAAGCCCACACCUGAUGGACGUUGCAUAUCCGAAUCAACUACCCCUAGUGUGCCGUAUUGUCCAUCUGGAGAAAGAGUAGGGCMAAAUGGACAGUGUAUCAAAAUAGAGGUAUGCGGAGUGGGGCAAAGGCCCAAUGGGUUUGGGGGAUGUGUAGACAUCGUUACUCCACCAGCACCCACUCCUACCCCGCCUUGUGCUCCGGGCCAAAUCCGCGGACCUAAUGGACUCUGCACCCCAGUCCCCACCAGUCCCCCAGUAGUUUACUGUCCAUUUGGACAGAAACCCAACGGGGUUGGAGGUUGCGUCGAUAUACCCAGACCAAGCCCACCACCAACACGCCCACCUGUGCCACCAUGCCCAUAUGGCCAAAAGCGAAACCCUGAUGGACGUUGUGUAUCAGAGUCAACUACCCCACGAGUACCCUAUUGUCCAUCUGGAGAAAGAGUAGGGCCAAGUGGGCAGUGUAUUAAAAUAGAGGUUUGUGGAGCUGGGCAAAGGCCCAAUGGGUUCGGGGGAUGUGUAGAUAUACCCAAACCAAGCCCACCUCCACCACCACCACGCCCACCAGUGCCACAAUGUCCAUUUGGUCAAAAGCCCACACCUGAUGGACGUUGCGUAUCCGAACCACCACCACCAACAGAAGCCCCCUACUGUCCAUCUGGAUAUAGGAAAGGACCGAACGGACAGUGCAUUAAAAUAGAGGUCUGCGGAGCAGGGCAAAGGCCCAAUGGGUUCGGGGGGUGUGUAGAUAUACCUAAACCAAGUCCACCACCACCACCAACCCGCCCAACAGUGCAACCAUGUCCAUUUGGCCAAAAGCCCACGCUUGAUGGGCGUUGCGUAUCAGAACCACGACCCCCAACAGAAGCACCGUAUUGUCCAUCUGGAGAUAGAGUAGGGCCAAAUGGACAGUGUAUCAAAAUAGAGGUUUGUGGAGCUGGGCAAAGGCCCAAUGGAUUUGGGGGAUGUGUAGACAUCGUUACUCCACCAGCACCCACUCCUGCCCCUCCUUGUGCUCCGGGCCAAAUACGCGGACCUAAUGGAGUCUGCACCGCAGUCCCCACCAGUCCCCCGGCAGUUUACUGUCCAUUUGGACAGAGACCCAACGGAGUGGGAGGUUGUGUAGAUAUACCCAGACCAGGCCCACCACCACCACGCCCACCAGUGCCUCCAUGUCCUUAUGGUCAAAAGCGAAACCCUGAGGGACGUUGUGUGUCAGAAUCAACUACCCCGAAAACACCGUAUUGCCAAUCUGGAGAAAGGGUUGGACCAAAUGGAGACUGCAUUUCGAUACCUUCAUGUGGAGCCGGACAACGCCCCAAUUCAAUCGGACAAUGCGUGGAUAUCGUUACUCCUCCUCCACCCACUCCUGCCCCAACUUGUCCCCCGGGCCAAGUACGCGGACCCAAUGGAGUUUGUACAGUAGUCCCCACCAGUCCGCCAGUGAUUUACUGUCCAGCUGGACAGAGACCUAACGGAGUGGGAGGUUGUGUAGAUAUACCCAGACCAAGCCCACCGGCGCCAGCUUGUCCAUAUGGCCAAAAGCCCACCCCUGAUGGACGUUGUGUAUCCGAAUCAACUACCUCGAGAGUUCCGUAUUGUUCUUCUGGAGAAAGAGUAGGGCCAAAUGGACAGUGCAUUAAAAUAGAGGUUUGUGGACCGGGGCAAAGGCCCAAUGGGUUUGGGGGAUGUGUAGAUAUACCCAAACCAACCCCACCGCCACCUCCACCGCGACCACCAACACGCCCAUCAGUGCCAGCAUGUCCAUUUGGCCAAAAGCCCACACCUGAUGGACGUUGUGUAUCGGAAUCAACUACCCCUAGAGUGCCGUAUUGUUCAGCUGGAGAAAGAGUAGGGCCAAAUGGGCAGUGUAUUAAAAUUGAGCUCUGUGGAGCAGGAAAACGACCCAAUUCAAUCGGACAAUGUGUGGAUAUCGUUACUCCUCCUCCACCCACUCCAGCCCCUGCGUGUCCCCAGGGCCACAUACGCGGACCUAAUGGAGUUUGCACAGUAGCGCCCACCAGACCUCCAGUGAUUUACUGUCCAUCAGGACAGAGAUUGGGACCAAAUAAUCAAUGUGUGGACGUUCCAAUCCCAACGACUCCGUCGCCGAGGCCUCCACCAUCGUGCAGGCCAGGAUCAGUUCCCGGGCCGUAUGGACAAUGUAUUGAAGUACAGCCGGCGCCCAUCACUUGUGGGCCCGGACGUAAGCCCGGACCGUAUGGAGGUUGUGUUGUGAUCGAGCAGUCCACUCCAGCGCCUUGCCCUCCCGGAACCAAAAAAUCUCCCUCCGGACGAUGCGAAAUUCCCACUGUCCGACCCCCACCGCCCACUACAACCUCAAGAAAUUACCUCCCGCCGGAAAAGUAUGUAACCACCACAGCCAGACCAUCCACACAAUUCAUUCGCCCUUCACCAGCAUCAUUUACUACCACACAAAGAACAUCGGUCAGCACUGGUAGACUAACCACGCCUAGUUUCACCUCAACCUCACUCCGACCGACUUUUCCCACGUCCCAGGCUUGUCCCUUUGGUACCCGAUUUAAUGUGAACGCUAAUCGGUGCGACUCGGUUUUCCAACCGUCGACGUCUCGCCCACCUAUAGUGGACACGUGUGGGCCUGGCAGCGCUUUGAACUCUUUGAGUGGACGGUGCGAACCCACCAAACCCGCCUGCUCCUUUGGGGAAACUUUCAACUCGGCCACCAGCCAAUGUGAGCGUGUGACCACUCCAAGACCCAUUCCGAGCACCACUCGCACUGUGUGCGGCUUUGGGCAAAGACUCAACGUGAGGACCAGACAAUGUGAAGCCAUCGCAACCACCCCAAGGCCCUCCUCAAGCUGUGGGUUCGGGGAAACCUUCAAUUCACUGACUCAACAAUGUGAGGUUGCUACCACCACCCCGAGAUCCUGUCCCUUCGGGACCUUCAACCCGGUGAGUCGGCAAUGUGAAAGUCCUCCAAGGCCGGAUUCUCAGGUCACGUGCGGCUUUGGGCAAGCGUUCAGUCAGACUUCCGGCCGAUGCGAACUCUUGACCACCCCAAGGCCCUCUCCCACCACAACAAGGGGCUGUGCAGCGGGAACGAAACUCCAUGCGCAAAGCGGAAGGUGCGAGUCCAUUCAGACCCCCAAGCCCAAUGGGGGGUACACCUACCCCAAACCCUCAGUACCCUUUGAAGAGCAUCCCACCACAAAAAGAGUGUGCGGGUUUGGGCAGAAUUUGAACGCUUUCUCUGGGCAGUGUGAGUCGCCCACCACCCAAAGGUCGCAAACGUGCGCUAGCGGACAAACGUUCAACUCGCAUACCGCUCGAUGUGAAUCGAUUUCAACCCCCACUCCAAAAUUCUGCGGCGCUGGGGAACAGCUGAACAGGUUUAGUGGGCAGUGUGAGCGUGUGAGUACACCCAGACCCACACCAAGACCAACGCCACCUCACACAUGCCCUCAGGGUCAAAGAUACAACUCAAUUACCGGUCGAUGUGAAUCAACCACUACUCAACCCUCAUGCGGGUUUGGGGAGCAGUUGAAUCAGUUUAGUGGGAAGUGUGAGCGUGUGAGUACACCCAGGCCCACCCCAAGACCAUCGCCACCUCAAACAUGCCUUCAGGGUCAGAGAUACAACUCCAUUACCGGUCGAUGUGAAUCAACCACUACUCAACCCUCAUGCGGGUUUGGGGAGCAGUUGAAUCAGUUUAGUGGGAAGUGUGAGGGUGUGAGUACACCCAGGCCCACUCCAAGCUGUGCGGCCGGAAGUAAGUUUAACGAUCAAACAGGUCGAUGUGAGUCCCCUCAAACCCCCAAGCCGACUGGUGGAUACACUUACCCCAAACCAUCGGUGCCUUUUGAGGAGAAUCCCACUACCAAACCGACACGACCAAGAAAACCGUGCGGGUCCGGGCAAAACUUGAAUGUUAUUUCCGGCCAGUGUGAGUCGUUGACCACUCCAAGAUCACCAAAGACUGACAGAUGCUUGCAAGGUCAAAGAGUAAAUCCCUCCACCGGUGCUUGCGAAUUCACAUCAACCACUCAAAAGUCCUGCGCGUAUGGUGAGCAAGUGAACAGAUUUAGUGGGGAAUGUGAGCGCCUGAGUACACCAAGGCCUACCCCAAGCCCUACCAGGUCUCAACCGUGUCUUCAAAGCCAAAAUCGCAAUCCAAUCACCGGUCAAUGUGAAUCGACGACAACUCGAAAAUCCUGCGCUUUCGGCGAAAACUUGAACAUAUUUAGCAACCAAUGUGAGCGUGUGAGUACACCAAGACCCACCCCAACCACCCCCAGGGCCCCAGCUUGUCCUCAGGGCCAAAAACUGAAUGCAAUCACCGGUCAGUGUGAGACGGUAACAACAACCACUCAGAAAUCCUGUGCGAUUAACGAAAAGUUCAACCAGUUUAGUGGGCGAUGUGAGGGCGUAAUUAGCCCAAGACCCACCCCAAGCUCCCCAAGGCCUACGACCUGCCGACAAGGCGAACGCCUCAACCCGUUCACCGCUCAAUGUGAAUCAACCUUAAUCACCGAAAAACCCUGCACAUUGGGGGAAAAAUUGAAUGCUUUUAGUGGACAUUGUGAACCUGUGGGCCCGAAGCCCACUCCGUUCCCCCCAAGGGGCUGCGGUCAGAACCAGAAACCCAAUCAAAUCACUGGCAUUUGCGAGUUCACAACAACAACUACUCAAAAAUCGUGCGCUUUCGGAGAGAAACCAAGUCCGAUUAGUGGGCAAUGUGAACGAGUGAGCACUCCGAGACCCACUCCAGAUUGUGGGGCGGGACGCAAAUUCAACGCCCAGAGUGGACGAUGCGAAUCGGUUCGCACCCCAAAGCCCAGCACUGAGUAUUUCUACCCGAAACCCUCAGUGCCCUUUGAGGAGAAGCCCACUACAACCCCAACGAGCGUGACCAGGAGGCCGUGUGGUAUAGGGGAGGGUUGGAACCCUGUGCGCGGCCAAUGCGAAACGACGUACACGGCCCGCCCACCCACACUGCCCACGCGAAAAUUCUGCUCGCCUGGAGAGGUUCUGAACGAGUCAACCAAUCGCUGCGAGCCGAGAACGACCACACCCCGAGUCAACCAGCAGAAGAUCUGCGGCUUCGGCGAGCGCCUCAACGUGCUGAGUGAUCAGUGCGAGAAAGUGCCCCCUCCUACUCCAGUGGAUUGCGGCUCUGGGGAGCGUUUCAACGUGUUUAGUAGGCGGUGCGAACCGAUUGGCAGCACCAAAACACCCUGCGCGAGUGGGGAAACCCUCAACGCCCACACCGGGCGUUGUCAAGGCAGGACCACUCCCACUCCUGCUCGGACUACCUAUGCGUACCCCACCCCGAAGAUCCCAUUUGAGGAGGAGAGGCCAACACCCUCCCCCUGUCCUGCUGGCAGCAGCAGAAGUCCGGUGAGUGGGCGCUGCGAGGCAGGGGAAAGACCGAAGUCCUGCCCCUAUGGAUCGCGCCUCAACGUCCAGACCCAAAAGUGCGAAUCGACCAGCCAACCUCCCACAACCUACAGGCCGAGCGAGAGGUGCGCUGAUGGGCAACGGUUCAACCCGGCGACGAGAAAAUGCGAGCCGCUGGGGCGGCCCAGCUACUCCUACCCCAGGCCCUCCAAGCCGUUCGACACGCCCACAACUUAUAGGCCGAGCAGCUGCGGUGUGGGGGAGCAGCUCAAUUUGGAGACCAGAAGAUGCGAGCCGGCUGGGGAGAGUUCGGGGCCGGGACCGACCAGGAGGUGCCCAGACGGGCUGGCGCCGUCCAGAUCCGGGUCUGGGUGUGUGCCGAUUAGCGCUCCGACUGAAAAACCUUCCGAAUCUCCCUCCCCCAAAUGCCCUGCGGGACUUGUUCCGUCUCCCUCGGGGGGUUGUCAGAGGCCUCGCGGCCCAGAGCCCACCCCCCACUGUCCACCCGGUCAGGUUUACUCACUAGCAAAGAAAGCAUGCGAUUCGCAACCAAAACCACCACCACCACCACGAGCAUCCACAUUCAGACCAUCCUCAUCCACUCUUAGACCGAUUGUAACCCCUGGAAAUCCGCGUUUUAGCCCGAACAACACUGUGACGCCCACGCCCUAUUCGCCUGAUGACUCUGAUCACACGCCUGCUGAAGAUAUGACAGUGAAUGUGGUCGUCACGCCGCCGAAUAACGGAGGGAAUGAGUACAAUGAUGAGUUGAUUCCCUAUGGGUGCGCUGCCGCCUUGAAGUGCGUGCAGGAGAUCUACUGUACUGCUGACGGAUUUGUCAGUCCCGUGCCGGUUGUGCUCACUAAGGAACAGGAGUUGCUGAGGGCGCCCACUACGGUGUGUCGGGAUAUUUCGUCCGGCACCGUUGGAAAAUGUUGCCGAGAUCGCGACUACCAAGACCCGUGGCCAUCAGCCAACCUGGUCAAUGGAGUGGACGAUGGACGGUAUGCUGAAGACGACUCGAUUGGCCAGUACAAAGGCGAGUUCAAUCGCAUACGCAGAGCCAGUCGCGUCAUUCCCAAUCCCAGGUUCAAGAAGGUGAGAAACUCCAAUGGCAGAUCGAAGCGGGCUAGUGAAGAUUGCGGCGUUCGAAACCUGAACUCCAGUCCCUUCGGGCAAUCGCCCAUUGAUGCCAACUUUGCGGAGAUUUCCUGGCAGGCCAUGAUCCUGCGGGACUCGAACAGGAGCCUGCUGUGUGGCGGAGCCAUCAUUCGCCGAAACGCCGUCCUCACUGCGGCCCAUUGCGUCGAAGGCUUGGAAACUUCGGACGUGCUGAUCAAGGGCGGCGAAUGGAAGCUGGGCAUCGACGAGGAACCGCUCCCGUUCCAGAUCGUGAAAGUGGCUGCCAUCCUGCGCCAUCCGGACUUCAAGGCGGGCAAUUUGCAGCAUGACUUAGCCGUGCUGGUGCUGCAGGAGAACCUGCGGUUCACCAAGAACAUCGGCGCGAUCUGUUUGCCGGAACCCAAUCUGAUCCCCACUCAGAAUUGCAUCGCCACCGGAUGGGGAAAGAGGAUUCUGCAGCUGCACGCGAAAAACGCCUUAAUGCACCGCAUCGACAUGAACAUCAUGGACGUGGACCAGUGCCAGCAAGUGAUGGGCGAACACUUCCAGAGCGCCCUCCCCCACUACAACACCAACACUUUGUGUGGCUUUUCCAGCAUUGACCAGUGCAAGGUGGACUAUGGGAGUGCGUUGGCAUGCGCCGACGAAGCGGGCCGUUACACAUUGAGCGGCGUCUUCUCAUGGGAUACCGGCUGUCGACAACAAGGGCAAAUAGGCGGCUACGUAGCGCCUGACGUCGACUGGAUCCAGACGGUGCUGGACACGCCUUUGAAGCAGCUGCGGCGCCUGGACCGGGCCUACAACACAGCCAGAACUGCUCAGCAAUAGUUUGAUUAAUUGUAGCAUUUGAGUGCCCGGUGGCUUGAUGGAAGCGUUGCUGUGAUAGAUUGUGACUCGGAGCACUCAAAACUGGAUCGAUCGUCCACUGUUCGACCAAACUAGCCUAAGAUAGAUGUUUAUUGUACAGUUAGCAUGUAGAAAGCCUUUGUAAUUCAAUUGGGGCGUGUUGGGGCUGUGGCUAGUAGCUGGAGGCCUGCCAGGUUGUAAAAACGCGGGGAAUUAAACAGAAAGGGUGAUUUCUCUGGGGCGGUAGUGCGCCCCACUUGGAUAAAACGGCGAAA